AUGGAUGGAAUUGAUACAGCCACGGCUAAAUUGGCUGCAGAGAUGCAGUUGGCAGACGUCAAUGCCAUUCUGGAGGGAAUGGAGCAAGAAGAUACCGACGAGCAUGUGGCGUUCAAAGCCAUGCAAUUAUCAUUCCAAGACGUCAUUCAAGUGUACGAAAGCCGUUUGGCAGUAAUGAACGUUCUUGGGUUGGAGCAUGCCCCCCGGGUGCAGUUCCAGAGACUGGUAGAACAGGAGAGACAGGCGCGCGACGAUCAUGACCUCGCUCGUCGACUCAGUGGGCUGCCUUCUCAGCAACAUCAUUCUACUUCUCCCGAGAUCAUCGAUUUGACGAAAGACGGCAUAGACAGCGACGAAGAAAAGAAUGCUCCCGACUCUACGUUAGGCUCUGCGGAGCCCUCAUCCUUUCCUUAUGAUGACCUCCCACGUCCCCCAAGAGGCGGUAUCGUCAUCCGUACACCUAGAGCUCGGAGUCCUGUACCCUGCGUGGCAAGCUCGUCGAAAGGAAAAGGCAAACGAAAGGCAGAUAGCAUUGAUCUGGAAGACAGAAACAAUGAUCGACCUACCCACGGCCCUUGUUCCGCAUGCAUGGAACGCUUCCCGCGUUUCGAUCUGCUUGAGCUCACUUGCAAGCGCGAGGGCGACUUGGCUCACCACGCCUACUGCCGCGACUGCUUGCUUGAUCUAUUCAAGUCCAGUCUCACAGACACGACUUUAUUCCCACCUCGUUGUUGUGGUAUGACGAUUUCCAUCUCUGAUACUGCGCGUUUCUUCCCACCGGAACUUAUUAGCCAGUAUGAAGAGAAAGAGGUGGAAUUGCGCACACCUAAUGCAACAUACUGCAGUAAGCGUGCUUGUGUAAUAUUCAUCAAGCCGCAAUACGUGGAGGCAGAUGUUGCAACUUGCCCCGUAUGUAGCACACAGACUUGUGCCACUUGCAAAAACCCGAGUCAUAAAGGCCUAUGUCCGGAGGAUCCAACUGUUCAACAACUCAUGCAGGUUGCCAAGGAGAAGAAGUGGCAACGGUGCUACAACUGCAGAACUCUCGUCGAGCUUGUACAUGGAUGUUACCAUAUGAGGUAA